GGUAGCAUAAUUAAUUAGUGGUUAUCAUACCCCGGGAAAUUCGAUAUUCAGGUAUAUACAUACGUCUACUCCUACUCCUACUCGAGUACUCACAAAAAGUUCCGCCUCCGCCAUUUCCAUUUCGUCCUUCUCUUCUUCCCAAUCCUCAAUUCAUCGACCCUUAAUUUUCUCUCAGAUUCAAUUUUACAUCCCAAAUUUCUUGUGUAUAGUCUACUUAGUCCUUUUGAAUUACCAAGACUUGGAACUUGCUGCGGUUCUUCUGUUGAACACGAUUGAAGAAGCACGCCUCAAAACUACGAGAAUAGAGUUAUUUACGAAUCAGGAUCACAGGAAACCAGAAGGGGCAACAAUGUCUAUGUUCGCAUCUACAUUUCGAUGGCUGCAGAGAAAGAGAUAUCAAUAUGAGGUAUGUGCGCUCCUCCACUUCAAACAAGAUAUAUUCUGAUACGCUUGAGCAGGUCACAUUCUCAUUGUAUAUGUUGACACCCACGGAGAAAUUCAUAUUCAGUACGCCUUUUAAUGUUCUAAGCUGGCAAACCUCCUGAUCAUUUCCAUUGAUUGCGCUCAUUAUCUCCUUCCAGAGGAAUCCACUUUGAAAGGCACGCGUGGCUAAUAUCUUGUUCUGCAGAUUCGUUCCUUUUCCUCUUCUUCAGCAUGAUCAUCAUUGCUAUGACACUUUACCUCCCACAACACAUCACAUUCCUUACCAACCGUGCCUGGUUUUACUAUAACGGGGAUGAAUCAGCCAAGUCUGCUCUGACAUCUGCGAGUCCUAUACUAGAUGCUGUGGUCAAGGAAACAGUUGGAAAGACUACUAUGGCUGGAGCUGGGAAGGAAUUAUGAUUGGCACUUUUGUACGGAUACCUAAGUUGAGCAUGGAGGAUGAUGUGUAUGGAUGCCACGAUUGCAUGUUAGAAUGAAGGAAUGGCACGGUGACGACUGGGUUCAUAUGAUUUUCGAAGAGCAGUUACUGAUUACUACAGCGGGAUACAGCAGAUGGAUAUACACCUAGCAUUGUUAUAAUACUUAAUCAUAAGACGAGCAUGGAAUUUGAAUAGACACUUUGGUUUGGGAACAUUUUUUU